AUGAACCAAGCCAUAGCAUCUUCAGCUUUACCUCCAACAACGACUCAGGAUGGAACCAUCGGCCUUCCGACAGCUCUACAAGCUGGUCCCGGGACUUCAGCGUCUAGUCAACACCAGACCGGCCCCUUGCGCACGACACAUAACCCUAUUGCCCAUCUUCUUAAAGCGCGGAUAGUGGGAGAAAGGGGCCAAACCGUAGCGGUACCCCUCGUCGUCGUUUCUGUCCUCGUCACCGCAAUAGGCACAGGUGUCCUAACCCUGCUGGGGAUCUACCUGUUUCUCUGGCGCCGCCGGAAGAAGAGACCAGGUCCAGCUGGACGACCCCGCAGCGAGGCUCUCGACCCAACUGUUGUCAACUACAUCGACAGCGAGCACGCCCCUCCCAUGCAAGCGGCGAUGGAGCCACACACACCUCGUAGGCCAUCCAGGCCGGUGGAAGCCCCAGGGUCCGCUGGAUUCCUUACCCCGACCCGUCGCCCCGGCCUCUCGAGAAGCGACUCCCCCGUCGACUUACACCACUCGGACAUGACAGCAACCGCCGACACACAGGAGAAGACGGCAGAAACGAUGGAUACAGAGGCCGUUGACCCCUUCAUAACACCCCCAGCCCAUAAAGUCCCAUCCCCCCCCGAGCUCCCGCUCCCCACCUUUGCAUCCUCCCCCAUACCCUUACCCGCACCCGUCUCCAUCCAAAGCCCAAGAACAUCGUUCCCCAUCUCCGAAGAGUCCGAAGCCGAAGCCUCCGACGCCGAAGCCUCCGUAGCCGACACCUGCGAGUCGCCUUCGCGACAAACGUUAUCCUCCAACUUCCAUCAACUCGACAGCACCGAGCGGGUGUACGCUUGUAUUCUCUCGAGCCCGCUCGAACGGCCGGCUCCGACGGCCCUCGCCGAUUCCACGCCGAGAGCGAGGACACGACGUCGUAAAAAGAGAACCAGAGUUUCUAGCAUUAGGAGGAGAAGCUGGGCUGAGCCGAGCUUGGAGUCGCUUGGUGAAGAGGGUGGGCCGGUGAGGGAGGAUAUUGGGUGGCCGUUGAGGCCGAAGCCGAGUUGGGUGUGA